AUGGGUGCAAAAUGUCUUGUUACUCUCAUCGACCUUGUUCGACAGCUACCUUUCCCUGAUAUACAACCUAUAGAAAUUUUCAACGCUGAAGUAAUCUUCCGCGAAGACUGUACCCCGGAUGAAUUUAUCGACGUUGUGCUUGGAAACCGUGUGUAUUUAAGCUGUAUAUACGUAUACAACAAAAUUGAUCAAAUUUCUCUCCAAGAGGUGGACCAGCUGGCCCGGCGUCCUCAUUCAGUUGUUGUAAGUUGCAAUUUGAGGCUCAAUUUGGACUACCUACUGGAAAAACUCUGGGAGUAUUUGGACCUAAUCCAGGUUUACACGAAAAAGCGGGGCGAGCACCCUGAUCUCGAGAACGGUCUCAUCUUGCGAAAUGGCUGUACAGUGGAGCACGUGUGUCACAUGAUCCAUCGGUCCUUGGUAUCACAAUUCAAGUGUGCGCUUGUUUGGGCCUCCAAAUCCAACGCCCAAUCAGCAUCGUGCCCCCCAGUCCCAACUGGAGUUCCACCUAAUCUGGAUGUACCUAGCUGA